UGGAGGGGGCGGGGGAUUUAGCUGGUGAUGUCAUGAACCUGUCGUGCAAGUGCUGCCGGAGAGGGGAGAGGAAGACAGGAGAGGGUGUGUAGCUUGUGUAUAGGAUCACCUGGGCCGGACACCUUUACUUCUGUACAACGAGAAACGUUUCCCCGGAUCCUAUCCGACUGCGUAGGGGUGUAUCAGGCUGCAGCUGAGGGGACCAGAGCAGGAUGUUUUAUCAGUAGUUACUGUGCCAACGAACAAGAUGAGUGUCACAUCAUGGUUCCUUGUCAGCAGCUCUGGCACGCGCCAUCGGCUGCCACGGGAAAUGAUCUUUGUUGGUCGGGAGGAUUGUGAGCUUAUGCUUCAGUCCCGCAGUGUGGAUAAGCAGCAUGCAGUAAUCAACUAUGACAGUGACAAAGAUGAACAUCGCGUCAAGGACCUUGGGAGCUUAAAUGGGACCUUUGUAAAUGAUGUAAGGAUUCCUGACCAGAAGUACAUUACUCUGAAGCUGAGUGACAACAUACGUUUUGGCUACGAUAUUAAUACGUAUGUACUGGAGCAGAUCCAGCACCAGGUACCAGAAGAGGCACUGAAGUACUGUGGCCUUCCAGUUACUGCUUUUGAACAAUUUCCUUCAUCUUCUGGCAAACAUGAAAAGUACACCAGCCACCUUCAGAUGUGUUUGAAAACCGCUGCAGCAGGAAGAGAAGACCAGUUUAAAGAGCAUGGUGCCCACGUAGACUCUGCCCAAGCCAAACAGGACAAAGCUGACAAGAAAGCUACUAGUGAUAUUCCUGCCUACCGUACACCUUUGUACGGUCAACCAUCUUGGUGGGGAGAGGAUGAUGAUAACAAGCUUGAUAAGGAAGGCAGAAGACAAGAUGAACACUAUUCAGAAAGGCCAAACGAUAUGACUCAACAUGAGGAAGAAAUAAAUGGUAAUAUGAGCUACAGGGAUUCUCAGGAUCAGUGUGUGUACCCAUUCAGAAGAGAACCUAGUUACUUUGAAAUUCCAACUAAAGACUUUCAACAGCCUGUAAAGCCCCCAGAAACCCAGGUCUAUGAAAUCCCUACUAAGGACACAGAUGCAGUGCCCCCUGUAACACCCCCUGUCAUGCAGAGCCAUGCCUCUUUUACAAUUGAGUUUGAUGAUUGCCAGCCUGGAAAAAUAAAAAUUAAAGAUCAUGUAACAAAAUUUUCUAUGAGACAGAGGAAAACAGCUGGAAAGGAACCUGCUCCAACAGAAAUGGUGUCAGCAGAAAGUAAGGUGGCUGACUGGCUGGUUCAAAAUGACCCAAGUUUGAUUAGAAGACCAGCUCCUGGAGAAGAUGUCUACAGUACCAAGAGUGACCUUCCUAUCCAUAACAGAACUCUUAAAGGUAACAGACAUGAAGAUGGAACACAGAGUGAUUCAGAAGACCCCUUGGUGGCCCAACCUGAACAGGAAAUUGGAACACCUGAUCACCCACAGCUCCAGCGGCAGAUCAAGCGCGAACCUGAAGAAUUGCUGCACAAUCAGCAGGCGUUUGUCAUACAGUUUUUUGAUGAUGAUGAUGCCCCUAGGAAAAAACGGUCCCAGUCUUUUACACACAAUGCAAACUCCCCUCAGAAUGACACAGACCCAGUCCUUAAAGCAAAAGCUGAAAAGCGAAAGGGCACAUUGCAUGUUGAAAAAGUGUCAACUAAUGGAAUGGGUUCAACUGCUCCAGCAUCAAAAUCACUGUCAAGCCCUUCAUUCCCUCAAAGAUCAAACUCUUUUAGGCGAGAAAAGACAGAGGACCGCAUUUCUUCUGCACCUACGACAGCAAAGUUACCAGGGAAGAACUAUGGAAGUGUUGGGAAGAAAUCAAAGCUUGCCCAAGAAUUUGCUGCUGAAUAUAUGCGUGAACAAGUAGAGGUAGUUAAACAGGCAGCAGAAAAACCCAUGACCUUGCCUUUGUCUACAUCAAUAUUGCAGCAACCAGCCUCACAAGUGCAAAUCUCAAGCCAAGCACAAACAAUGCAGCUAACAUCUGAUGUAAGAACAGGAAAAGUUAAAAAUGAAGAAGAGGACAACCUAAGUGAUGCAGGAACAUACACAAUAGAAACAGAGACACAGGAUAGAGAAGUUGAACAAGCCAGGAAAAUGAUAGACCAGGUCUUUGGAGUAUUUGAAUCCGAUGAGUAUUCCAAGAUUGCAUCCACAGUUUAUAGGCCAGUUAUUAAAUUGGGAGAAGAGGAACCUCUUGCCAGUGAACCAAGUGUACCACACAAGCCCAUAAUGUCAUCAACUCCACCAGUAAAACUAAGUAAUGGGCUUCCGGCUGAAACUUUGAUUGAAAGAACUGGGUCAAGCUCCAAACAAAGUCAGAAAUGGGUUUCCCGUUGGGCAAGCCUCGCUGACAGUUAUCCCGAUGCAUCACCAACAUCUCCUUUGGACAGUCAGAAGCAAGGCUUAAUUGCAGAUGAUGAAGACGUUAUUGAGCGUACAGAGCACCAAGGAGAAGCAGAUCCCACUGUGCCAUCAAGAACAAGACGGCUCCUUCCACAACUUCCUCCUGAAAAUGUAAUGCCAACAAUCUUUGUAUGCCAAGAGUCUUUUUCAGAUGAAUCUCAAAGGAAGUCUUUGGAAGAACCAGAAAAGAGAAUUUCUGAAGAAAACAGCAGUUUAUUAUUAGUUCAAGAGGAAUUAGAUCCAGACAGUCUUAGUGAUACCAGCAAGUCUGAUGAUGGUGUCAUAUCAGUCAGGAAGUCUGCCAAGGCUUCCAACACUUAUAGAAAUGGAUGGAAGGGAGAGGAGUCUCAUAGUAGGGAACCAUCUGUUCAGAGAACUUCAGUACCUUCUAAUGAAAAGAAAUCAACUUGUUUUUAUGUUGGAAAUGAUGACGUUGGAAGUGUAAAACAAACAAGCUUUGGAUUGUCCUCUAAAGAUGUGAUUAAGGGCCCAGAAAGCCACAUUAAGAUGAAAGUUAAUUUACACAUAACUGCUGAGACUCCAAGCUCAGGAAAGGCAGUUAAUCAGUUUCCCAAGAAAGAUAAUGGCUCUGCAAAAGAUCCUCUUUCAUUUGUAAGGCAGGAAAGCUUUACCAAAGAGACAUCCAGUAGCAAUGUUUUACCAAAUAAGCUUCCACAUAUUUCAACUCAUCCAUUGCUUAAAGAUUUAAGUGUUACAAAAUCAAAUCAUGACUACAGUAAGGAGACACGCCUAAUACUUAAAGAGACAGAAACCGCUUUGGCUGCUUUAGAAGCUAAGCUCUUUACACAGUCCCACCUUGAUGAAAUAGAAAAUACUCCUUGUUUGCGUGAUGACUCCUUAUCAGGAGACUCUGAUGUGGAUACAGCCAGCACAGUUAGUCUAGUCAGUGAUAAAAAUGUACCAAGUCAUUCACAGAAAAACAGAAUUGUCAGCCUUCAGAAAGAAAAGUCUUCCUCCACUUCUUCUAUACAAGAGCAAUAUUGUCAACCAAGUGCUCGAGAACGUCUUUCUGAGAAACGAAGGACAGUUCCUGCUGAUGCUGGAACUAGAAAUGUAACCAAACGACUAGGGAUGACACGUAGCACUGGAGCACGUGGCUCAUUAGACUUCACAGAUGAAGAAAGGUGUUCUAGUCUUCCUUAUAUGCCAGUUUCAGAAACUGUUUCAUCUGAUUAUGAACAUUCUUCUUCAAGGCAUAUUUCAAGGAGGAAACCCUUUGGUCAGACUUGCAAAGAUGAAUCGAGUAGAUCAUCAAAUGCACAAAAAGUUCAGCAGGCUCUUACACGCUCUAACAGUUUAUCAACUCCGAGGCCUACAAGAGCUUCCAAACUGCGUCGCGCUCGUCUCGGCGAAUCUUCUGACAAUGAAAGUGCUGAUGUAGAAAGAUCAAAUAUAAGUCCAGGAACGUCUUCUGCAAACUCAUCUUCUGCUAAAAGUUCUACAGAAACUAAAAAGCCAUCUCGUUUAGAUAUCCUUGCUAUGCCAAGAAAACGAGCAGGUUCAUUUAAUGUUCCAAGUGACUCUGAAACAACUUCUUCAGUAAGAGGAAUGUUUUCAGGACGUAGCAUAGACCAAAGUUACACUAGUAGAAAACCAGCUGUGGCAGAAAGCAAGCAGCCUCCCAAGAAACCUCUACCACCUACACAGAAGCAAACACCAAGACCUCGCUCAAGCAGUGUCAAGUACUCAUCAUCUUCUACUUCACGAAGGAGGCAACAGGGAUCAGAUUAUGUUUCUACAUCUGAGGAGGAGUGUGGCUCAAAUCACAGCACUCCUAAACACAAACACUCCCGUGCUUCAACAGCCACUCAGACUUCAAGAUCAAGCAGUGUCUCUCGACGUCAGAUGCCCAACAGUCGCCAAGAUGAGGAAGAGGAUGAGCAGGAAGUUUAUAACAACUUCAUGGCCCAGUCUGUGGAAAUUGCAGAAAUAGCCAGAUUGAGUCAAACCCUGGUGAAAGAUGUUGCCAGUUUGGCAAGAGAGAUUCAUGAUGUAGCAGGAGAUGGAGAUUCUCAGAGUUCCUCAGGAACAGGACAGAGCACCUCAAUCAGUUCUGUGCCAAACACCCCAGCCUCAACCAUUUCAGCAAGGGAAGAGAUAAUUAAACGGUCCUUACAACGAACGUGCUCAUCACAGUUGGUGCAUCAUAUACCAGAAGCAAGCCUGAACUACCAGAAGAUUCCUCCAGGUUCAACAGGCCUUGAAGACUUUGAUCAGAAUAUGAAUGACAGUCGAGAAGAUCCAUCAAAGAGAAGAGCUAGGAACAUAGAAGAGGUGAUUUUUGACAAUCUUAUGCUGAAUCCUGUGUCUCAUUUAUCACAUACAAUAUGCGCAAACACUGAGGUCCUUACAGAAAAAAUGAAAAUUUUAUUUCAGAAUACAGAGAAGAACUGGGAAGAAAUUGAAGCAAAGAUUAACUCUGAAAACGAAGUGCCAAUUCUUAAAACAUCCAAUAAGGAAAUCAGCUCUAUCUUGAAAGAGUUGAGAAGGGUUCAGAAACAAUUGGAAGUUAUAAAUGCAAUCAUCGACCGCUCUGGACAUCUAGAUGUUCCGUCAAGUAAUAAAAAGACAUCUUCGACUAUCCUGACUUCAAAUCCUUUAUCUAGGACUACUAACAAUUCAGCUGCCAGAACAGAGUCUCAAACUCCUGGCCAUGUGAGAAAUUACAUGCAUAAAUCCAGCUCCAGCUCCUCAAGAUCCCCAGGAUCCAGUUUCAGUCGGGAUGACGAAGAAACAUAUAUUGUUUGAUGGUUCCUUUUUGCUUCACUUUGUAUGUAAUAUAGCUUUGGUAUAGUAUUUGAGUCUUGUGGUUUCCUGAGCAAAAAAAAAAAAAAAAACAGCUUCUGCAGAUUUCUUAUCGCAUUGCACAUAAUCUAUGCUGUGCGACUGAAUGUUUGUCAAAGAACACUAGCACUGUGGACCAGCACAUGUUCAGCAUAGAGGUAAAUUUACUUGAACGUUCUAUUUUUUGUGUUCUUUUAAAGCACAGAGUUUUAUUAUUUUCUCAUUGAUAUGUGCCAUAACAUUAUACCUGAAGUGCUGGAAAUAUCUGAUGUUACUGUGUCUGUCACUGAUGUAAUGUAUCUCUUGUAGCUUAAUUGCACUGAUUCUCUUUACAAAUCUAUCAUUUUUUUAAUUUAAGACCGUUGUAGAAUGUGUGAAUGAGCUACUAACUAAGCAUUGUGAUCUGUUUCUUGCCAAAACCAACAUUUUUCUGUACAAUUGUAAAGGCAUUAAGCCUUGUGUCACUGUUGUAUAUAGGUAAAUUUAGCAUUCGUAGUUACUGUACAUUAGAAGCAUUUUCUGUCCUUCUAUUGAAAGAAAAGUUUAUUUAUUGCUGUUUCCAUUGACAUGUUGGUAAGUAAUUUAUGUAUAAAAGUUCAGUGUUUAGUGUUUUUUGAGAUAUUUGUCUUCUGAAUAGGUUGUCAUCAAAUUUCAGAACAAUAAAUGUGUUCUGAUGGGGAAAAGACUGUCACUGGCUCACUUUGCCAGUGUAUGUGGUUUGUUCUUUAAGCACAUGCUCCAUUAACGUACAUGGUACAUUGAAAACUGCCAAGCUGCUGGUUAACAAACAUAUUAUUGGGUCGCUAUAUGGGUCCUUAAAAUUUAGGGCCAUUGCACUAGGGGCUUUAAAUUUCAAACCAUUUCAAAGACUCUGAUCACUAAAGGAUGCUUUAUUUUGUCUUGCUCAGGCUUCCAUAUAGUCAUGUACCCUUGUGCUUGCCUUUGUCAUGCUAUGUGCUGUGCUGUCCUUUAAGGAGACCUAAUAGGUAAUAAGUGUUCAUACCCAUAGGUAGUAUUUUCACAUUUUAUUGAGUCACCAACUAAUCUAGAAUAAAUUGAUUCUUGAUUACGUAUGCUGGAACCUGUUAGGUGAGAUACUUAUGCUUUCCUAAGUAUGUGCUUUGAUGAACCAAAACAUAAAUCAGGUUGUGCUUUUUUUUGACACAGUGUUGACCUAGAAACAUCACUUAUACCCCUGUUCUUGGCAUAGCUGACAAUGCCACCUGAAACACCUCAGACAAAUGAUAGAUGCUCUUCCUUUUUAACUGUUCUUGGAAAGUAGUUGAAGAUAAAUCAGUCAUCACUAGUUUGUCAAGACAUUUGGACUAAUUUGUAGUGCAGGUUAUGGCCGUAGAAAAAGGGUAGUAGUGAAUUUCAGAGAAUACGCUCAUUUAAACCUGAUCCAUUCAGUAGUGAGUGAAUAUAUAGAACUUCAACUCACAUUAUCCCCAGCUGUUAGCAUUGUAUAUAGGAGCUAGUUUACAAUAACUGCUGAAAAUAAAGGGUUGUUCUUUGUUAUUGUACUUUAUUAGAAAUGGGUUUUCCAGGGGAACUACUUGCUUAGAUUACUGAGGUCUCGAACAGUCAUCUAUGUAAAUACUCUUGCUACAUCAGAAAAAACUGUAAAAGGUUGUGCACAUUCAUCAUACCCUGCAGUUUGUACAAAUGUUAUAUCCGAGGUUUAUCCUUGUGUCCUAAUACAGCUCAUUAGAACAAACAGCAAUAAACAUUUAACUUUACAUGGAAGCAGCAUCAAUAGCAUUUUUUAAUCCCUAAAUUUUAAUCUUGAUUUGUGUGGACUAUUUAGGCCAGUAGAAGACAGAAAUCUGCUUUUUUGAGCAUUUCCUGCCUACUGGAAGGAGAGGCUUCUAUAGGCAGAGUUUCUCCUUAAAAUGGUAGGUGCAAUUAUGCCUAUGCUUUAGCAGAUUGUAGGACAUCAGAGAGAAGACUGAGCCAUUGUAAUUUUAUUCUGAGUAAUCAGUAUGGGCAACCUGAUCAUACACAAAAAAUAUUCUACUAGUUUGUUCAGAAAUUACCUUUUUUCCAAGAAGGAUAAACUAUAUAUGUCAAGCUUACAUCGGGAAAUAACUUACUUGUUGGAUGUUAGCACCAGUUGCACUUAUUUCUCUGUUGAAUGGACAUCAUAGUAUCAUAAAUGGAAUGUACAUAACUUUUAAAGACUUACUUUGAGCUCCAGGCUUCUCUUACACUUUAUUUUGAGGUGUCUUUGUAAAUGAAAUUUCACUUUUGAUAUUAUGCAAAGCUCUCAUGUAAACCCUGUCUGCUGCAUUUGGAAUGUAUCAAUUGCCCCUGCUUUAAAGAACGGAGAUUGUGUAAAUAUUAGUUUAAUUGUUAGAGUACUCCUUUAAGGCACUCGGUUUUCUAAUCCAUGUAUGUAAUAAUCAUAUUCAUCUACACCACAAAAAGAUAAUUCUUUAUUUAGACACCAUGGUUUUUUAAAACCUUAAAGUCCAUUUGGGCCAACUAGAUUUUCUUUCUUUUCUCUUUUUUUUUUUUAAAUAAUGCGCAUUGUCUAUUUGGCCAGUUGAAGUACUGCUGCAGUUUUAAUAGUGCAACAGAGUUAUUAUUCUUCAUGUCAGAGAUUCAAUCUAUCAAGUAUAAUCCAGUUAUUUCUUCACCAGCUUCUUUUCUAGAUACUUGAUUAAGGUCACUGAUACAUAUAGAAAGUUUGAUACAUGACAAUCAGUGUUUGUUCAGCAUUUUAAUGUAUAACUUCCAGCUGAUUCUGCAUUGAAUAUACUCUGACAGUUUUGGGAAACUAUUAUGUAAUUCCUUUUUUUCACAGCAGUCAAACAAUUACAACUUAUCUAGCUUUUUUUAGAACUCCAUGUAGUCCCCCAAUUACCUUGCAAAUGGAUGAGGGAAACAAUAGCCCCUGGUGGGUCAAAUUUUCCCAUACCUAUAUACGCUUGCCAUCUUUUCUGGAAAAAAUACUGUCCUACCUAUAUUUUAAACCUUCUUCCCUAUUAUUUAGCCAAUAAAAUACGGCUAUAUGGUACUUAUGGUUUCAACACUCUUGGUUGUGUAUUAGUGGCUUAUAUUCUACUGGUCUUUUGGCUGGUAAAGAAAUAAUAUAGCACAGAAUUCAGAGAGUGGGGGCCAGUUAGGACAUUUAUAUUUUAUUACUGUGGAGAUAAUUUAUAAACAGCAGCGAAGGCUAGUCAAGCUCUAAUUUCUUGCAUUCAGUUUUGAGAUUGGUGCCACUUAAAUCAGAGAUGAUCUGUAUGUAUGACUAUAUGGUUAAUUGGAUAAUCGGCACUAAUACAGGCAUUUAAUAGUGUAAUGGGUGCACCUCAGUUACUGGCAUUGCCUCAGUGGGGAAAAUAUAAUUUAACUGUUCUUUGUAGCCAUUUAUAAAUGCGCCUCAAGGGUGCAUUUCCCCUGAGGGUGCCCAUAGGCCGGCAUCCUAUGUCGCCCCCGCCUCCACCCCCUCCUACCAUAGCAUCGCACGCGCAUCCUAUGUCCCUGCUUCCCCAGCACAGAGGACAGGGCACUCGUAGUUUCAAAAUUUCCUGUGUGCCCGAUCCCUAGUGUUCCAGAUCUGAGGAACAUUCAGGUGCGGCUGGGCGGUAUGUAGCCCCUUAAUUUGCGUCGCCCUUGGCCCCUGAGGUAAGAAAUAGGUGAGAACCACAACAGGCUGUUGAUGCAGCCCCUGGCAGGAUUUUUAAACCUGACAGCUUGGUCAGAAAUCAGCAUUAUUUAGACUGCUCAUAGGGACCAAUAAGCUACCAGAUAGGUCUGGUAACACUAUGUGGCAGAGUAGGAAUACCUUUCACAUAUUUAAAUAGGGACAUAGGUUCCUCAUUCAUGAGCUAACUCAGUCUCUGUGAUAUUUUCCUUUUUAGAAUGUUAUAGCUUAUAGAUGAUUGAUAAGCUGUGCUCUGGAAAUUGUGUAGUUUUUUUUUUUUUUUUUUUUUUAAAAGGAUGGCCAUGCUUGUGUUUCAUGCAAUACCAAACGGAUGAUGACAAUGGCUUGUAGAUACUAUAGACUUCUAUAGCACAUCCAUAUUUUGGCUUCUAGCUAUAGAAUCAGAGUUGGUUGAAACGUUGGUUGAACUUUCAGCUUAAUGCAUGCAAGGGACUUCAAUAAAAAUCAGUAGAUUGUUAGAGUUCCACCCUUUGUACCAACAAAUUUAGACCCAUCCCUGAUAACUACAGGCACUUGAUCCAGGUGCAAAUAGACCAAUGUGGGAGGUGUGAAUGAACACAGGAAUGUAUAUUAGUUUCUGCUAACCCUUAGUGAGUUGCCUUUUGUGUAUCUUAGGUGGAAUUAAAUAAAGGAUAUAUCCAAGAUCUAUUUGAAGACAAAUUAUGAAAACUUUUAGAAGUAUAUCUUAAGCAGUAUUUUCUUAUGUAGUGCCAAAAGUUUUCCAACAGCAGGUUUGCCUUUAUUAGAAUGUAUUCUCACCAAAUGUUUUAAUUAUUUGCCUUCCAUUGUAUUCAGGGAAGGAUAGGUUCCACAAAUACUUCUUCAUAGAGCAUUUUUACUUGAUUGUAUUAUAAUAAAGUAUAUAUUAGAAUAUUAUUUUGCUUCUUGACCCUUCCACAGCUUAGGUUAAAGAGAUUUUAUUGUAUCUAGCAAAUUGAAGAAAAUGUUUAAGAACUUCUUCAUGCAAUGAAUGUGGUUAAUCUGUCAGGUAACCUUAAAAAGAUAUUUUUGUGUAUAUAUUUGGGCAAAUAAAUCAUCUGAAGAUCACUUGUGAGUAUGAUUACUGUGUUGUGAGUGUAGCGGAGCCAAAGAGCAGUUAUGAAACAACCUGACACUGAUGGACGCUCUGAUGAUGCAUCUUAUUCUACAUUAAAAAAAUUUUACCCCCCAAAUGGCUUUAUCAUUCACAUUCAUCGAUAAGUCCCUGUUUAACAGUAUAUCUGUUAUCUCUCAAUAUUUUAUUGUGCCACACUUUUACAUAAAAUUUAUUUUGGUUUGGACUUACUUCCUUGCAUGAAAUUAACUCCUGACUGAUACUCAUGAAGUACAGGUAUUGGACCUAUUAUCCAGAAUGCUUGGGACCUGGGGGUUUUCCUUAAUUUGGAUCUCCAUACCCUACUAAGAAAUAGUUUAAACAUUAAGUAAACCCAUAUAUCUUAGUUGGGAUCAAUACAAGGUACUGCUUUAUUAUCACAGAGAAAAAAAAAUAAUUUCAAAGUUAGAAUUAUUUGCUUAUAAUGGAUUCUAUGGGAGAUAGGCUUUCUGUAAUUCGGAACUUUCUGGAUAACAGGUUUCUAGAUAACAGAUCCAAUACCUGUACAAAAUAUGUAGAAUACACAUAAGAAAAUAAUAGCUACGUGAAUUUUCUUCUAAUUAUGUUUAGGUAGUUGUUUUAGUUUUUAAUAACAGCUUUUCUAAAUUUAAAGGGGACGUAUAGCGCCAUUUUUACUGUUCUCAUGUUCAGCCUUCCCCUUUUAAAGGCCAGUUAUUCCAACUCACAUAUACAAAAAGAAAAUUAUAUAAUUUAAAAAGAAAAAUCCUUGGUUUUGUUGAAGAUAAUGUUGUUUUAGCAUAUCACUUUGGAUUUGCAUUACAUUCAAUAGCAUUUUAUCUACUCAGUGCUAAGACCCAUGUUUACAAGUUAAGAAUUGUAUACUUGACCAGAAAAUGGGACAAAAGCAAACUGAACAAAGUGACCAACCGCAUCUCCAUCCAAAUCUGAUAUAAAAAUGUGGUGAUUUUUUGCAAUUGCACUGUAAUGAAUUGGUUUGGAUUCUAUUUUAUUAUUUAUUUUUAUGUUUAUAGUGCAUGACAAUAUAUCUGCUAAUGCUUACUGGACACCAAUAUAUAUAUAUAUUACACAUUUGACAAAAUGUUACAUUUGUUGUUCAGUUAUUAUUGUAAGAAACAAAAACAUGGCAAAACGGUUUUAAGAUAAUGUUACCUUUCAAUGUAUCCUGUGCUGAAUUGUGCCUAUGAAUAUUCUUCAAGUUCCAGGGACCUGUUGAAUGAUCAGGUCUUGAAGAUUCUAUUUUUUGUUGUCUUGCUGCUGAAUACUCCAUUGGUAACUCUUUUCUGGGUCAUUCCAGUUGCAUGCAUUAGAAAUGCAACUUGACUGUGUGACAGUAAACAGAAUUUCUUUGUAAAAAACUUGAAUGAAUUAAUGAAUUUUCCCCUUCACGAAAAUGUAUAUUCUAAUGACAAGAAAAGUCAUGAUUAUUCCACAUUUUUAGGUUGGUAAUUUAUUUAAUUGCAUCUGUACAUUUUGUUCUGAAGUGGAUGUUUUUGAGACAAAAUAGAUUACUAUUUUCUCUAAUUUUCCAUAAUAUAUUGUAAUAAAUCAUUCUUUUUUUCAUGCA